GUAAUGAGAGGAUAUACGCACGCUCAGAAGAAGGGAAGUCUCUGAGCGUGCACGACAGGGAAAAGCGAGUAAAUAAGGAAAGCGGCAGGUGCCUUAGCAACUGGUGAGUCAGGAACGAAAUAAUGAACGCGCUAUCCAAUAAAAUACUGUCCAAUAGGAAUCUGAGUCAUCCCGAGACAUGUGCGUGCGAGCGCACGAGCCCAAAAUCCAACAGUUCCUCGGUGGCGGACGAUCAUGCAUCGGGUUUAAGUUCUCUCGGCUUGAAAUGAAGGUCGUAUUGGCAAUUCUUCUUUCUUCCUUCCGUUUUUCGCUCGCGAAGGGCGAAUCUGCGAGCAUUUUCUGGAACCGUUCAGGAGUGGCCUAUCCGACCGCGGGUCCUAACGGCAAAAAGCCUAAUCUACCGCUGACAGUUGAGGUUUCGGACGGAUGAAGAGUGCUUGGAAAUAUUUCUUCACGCGGUCUCUGAUUUAACAAGCCAUUCUUUAUUACCUUCUGCAGUGUUCGCCUACUAUCUGACAGGACUAUAUAUGGCAUUUGUGCACUGCAUCUCAUU